AUGAAGUUCUUCGCCACCGCUUUCGCUGCCUUCGCCGUCGGCGCCAUGGCCGCCCCGGCCGCUCUCCAGGCCAAGCGCUGCGACGACUGCGACGCGACCCCCGUCCCGGUCCCCAGCUGCGGCGGCAAGCCCCCUGUUGUCCACGCCGGCGCUGAUGUCGAUGUGGAUGUCGAUGUUGACGCCCAGCUCGAUGUGAUCGCCAAGAUCGUCGCGGCUGCCGAGAUCGAUGUCGACCUUCUCGUCAAGGCCCUCGUCGACCUCAAGGUUGACCUGGCCGUUCUCCAGGCCGCCGUGCCCAAGCUGGCUGGUCUCCUCCUCGAUGUUGAUGUCAACGUCUCCGCCGAUCUCGAGGUUGUCCUUGGCCUGCUCCUCAAGGUCGAGGCCCUCAUUGCUAAGGUCGAGGUCGAGCUCAAGGCUCUCCUUGACAUCGAUGCUGCCAUCCUCGCCAAGAUCCACGUCCACCUCACCGCCUGCUUGAACAUCGUCGUUGCCAUCACUGCCCCCAUCGUCAACUUCGCUCUCGCCAUCGUUGCCAAGCUCCACGUCGUUGCCGAUGUCAAGGUCAUCCUUGGCAAGAUCACCGCCUGCAUUGGCAACAUCAACGGCACUAUCAACCUCGUCACCGGCCUCCUCGGCUCGGUCCUCUCCAUCCUCCACCUCUAA